AUGUCCCACCUGCUGCCCCUGCUCCUGCUCCUGCUCGUGCCAGCUGGGGGCUGCUGGAGGGAGGAACCCCAGAAACUCUGCGCCCACCGCUUCAUCCGGGCCCUCGUCCAGGUCUGUGGCAGCCCCCGAUGGAUCCUCCCGGAGGGACAGCAGGACACCGGCGGUGACCAAGAAAUACUUCAGUGGCUGCAGAACAGACCAUUCCGGGACCUGGCACCAGAUGCCAGCAUGGACGAGAACCUGGACGGGGGGCCGGCCGCAGGCGCGGGGGAACCGGAGCCUCCCUCGGGCAUCCGGAGGGCUCCACGUUGGCGAAGAGCCCCCAGCCCGGCCCAACACUGCUGUAUCAAUGGCUGCACCAAACAAGACCUGCUGGCCUUCUGCCCCCAUUAG